AUGGAGACUACGUUGUUGUGUGGCAAUUUGAAUGUACGAGUUUGUAGGGUAUUGCAAGAAAGAGAUGGUCAUUACCGUGAGAUUAACACACGGGUCGGUCCUCGCUUGGAGUUACAAGGCCUACGUGAUAUGGUACUCAAAGGUUACAGCCUUUACGUCCUCACGAAACGUGACUACAUUCGACACCUGGAUUUGUCUGGAGAAGAUGGUUUCAAGGAUGUGUCCGAGAACCACAGGUUGCCAAGGUGGGAGCCAAAUCUGAGUACUAAGGAGGAAUAUGAAAGACUCAGAGCGAUUAAGGUCACCUCAAGGAGCGAUAGUAUUGUUGUGAAAACAUCAGGAGAGGUUUUGUAUGUCCAUAGCAGAUCUUACGAGACGUCGACCUUGGAAAGGCCUAGGACGUUCCGAGUGUUCAAGAGGGAUCCUAAACAGGUACACCCGAGUACCAACGACGACACGCUUGCUGAGGUAGAUUCUCUUGGUGAUGAAGCCCUGUUUCUUGAUUUGGGUAUCACCGUGAAAGUGGCUGCUGAUCACAUUGGUAUUGAGCCAAACUCCAUCUAUUUCACGCGUGGUGACCGUAUCCGUCACAAUAAUGUUUCAUGCCUCGACAUGUGUGUGUACAAUCUUGCAACAAAGAACAUCAACCGCUUCCAUUGUCUCUCCAACUUGGAAGUCAAGGAUGCUCAGUGGUUUCUCCCUUCUUGA